AUGAGACUUUACCUCAAUGAAUAUCCCCGAACUUUUGUUGUGGCCGACUCCCAGUUCUCGCUUAUAAUCCGCCAUCCGAAUCCACAGUACUCGCUGCACGAACACAGCCACCGCCAUGCGCAUAUCCAUCUUGAAGGCCGCAAGGCCAAAGAGGCCCGAUCCAAGAACAAGAGCGGCCAAAACAAGGUGAUGGUGGAGUUUGUGCGGACAGAGGCGUUGACGCUCAAAGGAUUCAGCGACAUCACCCCGGGGAGAACGCGAGAAAAGGUGCUCACGGGCUUUUUGGGCUUUCUUAAUGUCAAGGGCCAGAUCUUUUUGGGUUUCAUCACCCGCUCCACCAAGGUGGCGUCGCCCAAGUUGGGCGAGAACAUCCACAUGAUCGACAGCGUCGACUUCUUCUGUCUCAACAGCGACCACUACGACGGGUGGAUCAACAAAGAAGACGAAGUCCACAGCAGCGCAUCCUCCGAAGAAGUGGAGCUGGUUCAAACGGGGUAUCCGGCCGGCUCCGUCAAACGGUUUCUUUCGCUGGGCAAUUUUUACUUCUCCAAGAACUUUGACGUCACCACCACAAUGCAAGAGCGUGGCAGUCCGACGUCGCUGAGCCACGCUUUCAACUCCAGUGAUUCGUACUUUUCGCGGUUCAUGUGGAACUCGUACAUGGGCCUGGAGCUUCUCGAGUUCCGAAGCACCUUGAGUUUGCAGGAGAGGGAAAGUUUCGACAGCGCCGGCUUUUUGAUCACCAUCAUGCGGGGCUACGCCAAGUCGGUCAAUCUCAAGUUUCUGGAUAGGGAAAACGCUCUCGUCACUUUGAUUUCCAAACAGUCGUGCAAGAAGAAAGGGCCUCUCUUUGGCGAGUGGGGAUGCGACGAGGCCGGCGCAGUGUCCAACUUUGUCGAGUCGGAGGUGAUCAUCUACACAGAGUCUUUUUGUUUGUCGUACGUCAUUUUGCGAGGCAAUGUGCCCAGUUUUUGGGAAUUGCAAAGCAACUUCUCGAAGAAGAGCCUCCUCUCCUCCAAAAAGAGUAAGAAAGUGGUCUUCACAAGAUCCUCCGAAGCAUCACAGCACGCCUUCAUACGUCAUUUCAACGACUUGGGGAAAACUUACGGUGACAUUCAUGUUGUCAAUUGCUUGCUGCAAGAUCCGCAUACGUACAAGGGUGAACUCAAUAAGAACUUCAAGAGCCUUCUAGAUGCUGCCAUCAAAUCCAAAGACGAAUGCAAUGGCGAUUUGCCCGAUGCUGCGGUGAUGCAACAAACUCCAACCAACAACUACAAACUUUCUUAUACGGAUAUGCCCAUUUCCACAUCGUACAUGAAGAAAGUGGGAUACAGCACGAUCAACCCAGCUGAUGUUGUCGGGCCAUUGAAUAAUGCAGUGAUUGAUUUUGGUGCCAUGUUUUACGACCUUAAAAGAUACUCAUACAUUGGGAGACAAUUGGGUGUGAUGCGAGUGAAUUCUUUCGAUUGUCUUUCCAAAGCCAACUUUGUUUCAAAAGCAAUUUGCCAAGAGGUGAUUGAGUUGGCCUUACGGGAUAUGAACAUCAAGGCUCCGCACGAUCUUUACAUUCAACACGCCAAACUUUGGUCUGAAAAUGAUGACGUCUUGAAACAUCUCACGUUGAAUUAUCAGGCAAACAUGACCAAAAUUCAAAACUCCAAGAGCUCUGCAGCCAAACAUUCGCUUAAGCAACAAUUGACUUGGAAAUACAUGAAUGUUGUUGGAGAAGUAAAGCAAAGUGACGUCGCCAUGCUAAAAUUAUUGGGUCGCUUGGAAGACCAAGAUGGCGUUGUUCUCUACAAUCCAUUUCACCAGUACGUGAGCUUAGAAUUGAAGAAACGAUCAAGUGAGUUUAGCUACAGCAAGGAAAUCAAAAUCUUUGCGUCGACGUUCAAUGUCAAUGGAGACGUGAGUCACGAUGAUAAUUUACGAGAGUGGAUCUUCCCCUCUAAGCACGAUGUUGAUAAAGACUAUGAUAUUAUUUUCGUUGGCUUCGAGGAGAUCAUUGAAUUGACUGCGGGCAACAUGAUGAAUGUUAAAUCCGACAACUUUAUUGCAUGGGAAAAGGAAAUAAAAAAGAUUUUGGAAGAACUGAAAUACACCAAAGAAAAGUACGUCUCUCUAUGGAGUUGGCAAAUGGGAGGAAUCGCCGUUCUUCUUUUCAUUAAGGAAAGUCACGUUUCGAACAUCUCUGAUAUCGAAGGAUCGGUUAAAAAAACCGGUCUAGGUGGUAUGAGUGCCAAUAAAGGAGGAAUAGGUAUUUCGCUUACAUAUGCCAAAACCCUGCUUUGCUUUGUGUGCUCUCAUUUGGCUGCCGGGUUCAGCAAUAUUGAUGAGAGACACCAAGAUUACAAAACAAUUGCCAAAGGGAUUCUUUUUUCCAAACGCAAAAAGAUUAAAGAUCACGAAGGCGUGAUAUGGUUGGGAGACUUCAAUUACAGAAUAGACUUGCAGAACGAGCAUGUGAAGAAUCUUAUCAAAGCAGGGUCUUUCCAAAAGUUGUUUGAAUAUGACCAGCUAAACAGACAGAUGGCCAGUGGCGAGUCGUUUCCCUUUUUCAACGAGAUGGAAAUCACGUUCCCUCCCACAUACAAGUUCGAUAACAACACCAAGGUUUACGACACGUCGGAGAAACAGAGAAUUCCAGCGUGGACAGACCGGAUCUUGAGCAUGUCCAAGGGCGAAACGUUGAAACAAGAAGUCUACGAUUGCGAGGAAGACGUCAUUUUUUCGGACCAUCGGCCCGUCUAUGCGAUAUUCAAAGCGUCCGUGGCGAUGAUAAACGAAACGGCAAAGAAGGAAAUCACGCAUGACAUUUAUGAGAGCUAUAAGAAGGACGUGGGAGAUAUCAACGUGCUCAUAACUUCCAGUGAUAUUUCACAGUUUGUCGACGACAAAAACAGCGAUGACAUGCCGCCUCCUAGUUCCGACGCAAAGAAGUGGUGGCUCGAAAAGGGUGCAGCGGCCAAGGUAUCUAUUCCAGAGCUUGAAAACGCUCCACCGGAGGGCGAAAACGCCAUGGUGAUCAACCCCAGGUUCCCCAUCAAUCCCUUCGUUCCAACAGACGAACCGGAGUUUAUCCGCAAAGCAGACUUGUUGAAGCUCGUGGAGUCGAAAAGUUGA